AUGGUGGCAAACGGUAACACUUUCCUCUUCACUUCGGAAUCCGUGUCUGAAGGACAUCCGGACAAGAUGUGUGAUCAGAUCUCUGAUGCAGUCCUCGAUGCACAUCUGAAGGUGGAUCCUGACGCAAAAGUUGCAUGUGAAACGGUAACUAAAACGGGUAUGAUCAUGUUGUGUGGCGAAAUCACAUCUAAGGCAAAUAUCGAUUAUCAAACGCUCGUUCGUGAAGUUGUCAAGAAAAUCGGCUACGACGAUUCAAGCAAGGGUUUUGACUACAAGACUUGCAACGUUCUCGUCGCUCUCGAGCAACAGAGUCCUGAAAUUGCGGCUGGUGUUCAUCAUGACAAGAACGAGAUUGAUGUCGGUGCAGGAGAUCAGGGUAUCAUGUUUGGUUAUGCCACGGACGAGACGGAGGAAGCCAUGCCGCUUACUCUCCAGCUAGCCCAUCAGUUGAACGAGAAGCUUCAUGCAAUGCGUCGAAGUGGUGAGCUUCCUUGGGUCCGCCCUGAUUCGAAGUCUCAGGUGACAAUCGAGUACAAAUUUGACGGUGGUGCUUGCGUUCCUGUUCGUGUUCACACUGUUGUGUUAUCCACCCAACAUUCGCCGGAUAUCUCUUUGGAACAACUGAGGAAAGAAAUUCUUGAAAAGGUUAUUCGAGCUGUGAUUCCUGCACAUUUCCUUGACGAUAAGACUGUCUUCCAUCUGAAUCCAUGUGGUGCCUUCGUGAUUGGUGGACCAAUGGGAGAUGCUGGUCUGACUGGGCGCAAAAUCAUCGUUGACACGUACGGAGGUUGGGGAGCUCAUGGAGGUGGUGCCUUCUCCGGGAAAGACCCCACCAAGGUUGACCGCUCAGCUGCGUAUGCUGCACGAUGGGUUGCCAAGUCUCUGGUCAAGUCUGGCAUCUGCCGUCGUUGCCUCGUCCAAGUAUCUUACGCCAUUGGAAUCGCCGAACCCCUUUCCGUGAUGGUGUUCUCCUUUGGAACUUCCGCUCUCAAUGAAAGCGAACUCCUCCAGAUUGUCAAUGAUAACUUCGAUCUUCGACCGGGAAUGAUCAUUAAGGAACUGAAACUCAAGAGGCCCAUCUACGAACCAACCGCAGAGAAUGGCCACUUUGGUCACAAGUCUUUCCCUUGGGAACAACCUAAGCCAUUGAAGAUCUCACCUGAGCUUCUCAAGAAGAGUCACCAGCCGGCUCGUUCAGAAGAUGUCGGUGCAAUUGCCCACUAA